AUGCUGGCAGCCAGUGGGUUCGGAUGGGACAAUGAGCGGAUGGUGGUCACGGCUCUUAAUAAAGUCUGGGAGGAGUAUCUUAGGUCUCACCCGUGUGCUGAAAGACUCCGCGGGAAAUGCAUCGAUAGAAUGGAUGACCUUGCAAUUAUCGUCGGAUCCGACCAGGCCACGGGACAUUAUGUGCAAGGUAGUAGGAGUAUGGCCGCAUCAGCAUCAUCAUCUUGUCUUCAACAAGAUCUUAAUGAUGCAUGGAGAGAGCUCGAUGAUGAUAUUGACAAUAUGAUUGACCUCUCAGAGGAUCAUGUAGUAGACUCCACAGGGACAAUUUCAUUUUCACCGGACAGUCCUUCGAUGAAACAUCGCGGCUCCUGUGGCACUCCUACUCGUAUUGUUGAUUCCGAUAGUAACCGAUGUGGGACCACAAUAAGGAAACGAUAG